CGGCAUGCACUCAAGUCACUUCACAUACUCUGUUUACCUGUUGCAUUACCAGGAGUCUUUUGGCCCUUCGAAUCACUUCUUCUUUCUCAGCGCGGCGUACCUGGCUUUCACCCUCCCAACCUCCUAGGCAGCAAGCGUUCCAUCGCCCAGCGCAAGCAAGCAUCACGAACACUCGCGCCCCGCCCUCUACUUUCAACUAUCGUACGACAAGAAGAUAUAUCCUUGUGAAGACGACUUCAUAGGAGUCACCCUGGAACUUCAUACAAUCUAUACAGCUCGACAUGUCUGAUCUAGCCUCAACGCUCCUCGCCUUCUCUCCAGACCCGCAACUUGAACCAUCAGAGUACGAUAAAAAUGUAAAGAAGUUCUCGGCGACGGUGAAGAAGUUCUCUUCAAGAGAAUGGGUCAAGAGUGCCGAGUCAGGGAGUCUGUUAGAGGCCCUGGAUCCUGCGCUGAACUCCGUGUCCCUACUCCUCACUCUCUAUACCCUAGCACAAAACCAGGGCGACAGUGGACUCCGUCCAAGGUCUGUCAAUCAGGUAUCAGAUGCAUGGCGACCGCGAGCUGUUCUUUGGAACAAGACUGAGCAGCUGCUUAGCUCUUUCGACCCCAUAUCGAUACGAUACUUCGGACAGCAAUGGCGUGAGCUUAUAGAAUUUAUUGGGCUUGUAGCAAGCAUACUUCGGCAGCCCGCCAUGGCGUUGAUACCUAUCCGAACAGCGAUCCUGCGACUUGACCCUUCAGGUGGAACGUUGACGACUACACAUGUAGUUUUCAUGCAGUUAUGCAUGGAAUCGACCGCAUAUGCCCAAGCUGUCCCACUCCUCGACUGUAUCAUCCACAGCUUCCCGCCCAACGCAAGCCAAGGCGGAGAACAAGGGCUGCUCUGUGCAGAUCACGGGCUGAGCAACGGUUACAUUACAGUGAAAUCAGGGUUGUCGGAAAAGAUCCGCACGGCAGAUGUGCAAGAAUACUUUUUGCUGGGCGCCAUGGCAUUUCUUGGUCUGGGGAAGUACGACGAAGCACAAGCACUACUGGAACACGUCCUCGUAACUCCGACAAGUAACACGGCAAAUGGACUUAUGCUAGAGGCGUACAAGAAAUAUGUUCUCGCGGGCGCACUAGCUUCCGGACAACGGCCGCCUAUACCAAAAACGGCCAACGGCAACGCAAUGCGGACGAUAAGAUCGGCAUCAAAGGCCUACGAACAAUUGACGGAGGUGUUGCAUGAUCUGAACCUACCACGAUUGCUGGCCGAAAUCGAGGCUGGGCUCAGUCUGUGGAGUGAGGACGGAAACUUUGGGCUGGUGCAGAAGCUUGUGGAGAACUAUCCUCGAUUCCUGCUGUACAAGCUACAGCGGACAUAUGCCUCGAUACCACUUGACGAGCUUUCAGGGUUGCUGAAUAAAGGAGACGAGGAGCUGGAGAUGUAUCUGAGCACUCUUAUCAAGGAAGGACAAGUCAAUGCGAGCAUUGAGCGGUCGAUCAAGACGCAGCAGCGGGUGUUGAAGUUCUAUUCGGACGAAUCGAUGGGCCCAAAAGCAAAGUCGGAGCAGCAACAGUACAAGGAGCUGGUUGCGUGCGCGACACGGACGGAAAGUCUUACGGAGCAAACCAGAGCAGCGGAUCACCGGAUCAACCUGACGAAGGAGUUUAUUGAGGUCGAGAAGAAGAACCGGAUGAAGGCGGCACAGGCAGCUAGUGGGGAGGAGGCCAUGGACACGUCUUGGGAUGUACAUAAGGACGGGAUGGACGAGGAUGUGAUGGGCGACGCAUGACGGGAGGGUGUAUGAUGAUGAUGAUGAUGAUGGAGAUGACGAUGACGAUGACAACGACGAUGACAACGGGAGAAGCAGGUCAAUUGAAGAGACGAGACCAAGCAUGUCGAGCGUUGACGGAAGGGGAUGUCAGCGGGGACGUACCGUUGUUGCGUAGUUUAGUAGGGUGGUUUGGUAAAGAAUGGGUCGGGCAUGGCAUGAAUAGCAUGCACAUGAGGCCAAGCCCAGUCGGACAGUCAAGACGGCGUUUGGGGAUUCCAUCCAAUGGCAGGCAAAGGACAUGCAUAUUCGACCGGCCGGCUGGCUGGGCCAAGAGAAAAGAUGAGCAAAGUCUGGUGUGAGUGUGUGUGUGUUACAGGCAAAGUCCGACGACGGCGGUGGUGCCAAGAGCGUUGUUGGUAGAUCGCAUGUAGAAAGAAUGAUAUCUAAUUAAUAGAGAGGCCC